AUGAAGGAACUUCUUGAGCCCUUCGCUCUGCUUCAUGGGCGGUUCUUUGCCAACUCCGGCUUUCGCGGUCACCUUGGCCAAAUGUACUGGUCACUCUGCAUGAUCCGCACGGUCUCCAGUUCCCCAAAAAAGUUGCCCAAUCGAAUGACUGAUCAUAUUAGCAUCACCGGGCCAGCCUGGGGAAAACGGGCUGCCUGCGGGAGGAAAAGGAAAGCAAAGGAUGAAAGCGCCCUCCUUGCCGCUCUUGACCGGUUCAAAGCCAGGCUGAAGGAUGCGCGUGUCGAGGGACCUUCAAGCAAUCGCAUGAGUGAAGAUGAUACAAAGCCCGAAGAAACGGGUGAGGAUGGUGAGGAGGCUGCACUUGAGGUUGAUAAUGACACUGGUUGGAUGAGCCAUCGACUACCUAGGAAUGACGAGAUGCAUCGUGCUGAACAUGAUUACGAGGUCCUCGAUCCUCGAGCCAAGGCGCGAGGAAUACGCGAGGGGGGAACAGGAACGAAAGAGGUCACGACGCAAGCCGCACCGAAGUAUUCACCCAAUACCGGCAAGCUAGCAUUCGGUCCUCUAGAGUGGAUGGUUGUACGAUUGAUUGUUGCCGCUGGGGAGGUUGGGGCAGUAGCGAUGGUUGGCCUUGUUGGGCUGGGAAGGGAUUUUGUGUGGGCGAUGCGUUGGCGUUCACUCCUGGAGUCGGAGCAGAUGAGAUUUGUUCUGCAGGAUUCGUCGGGAGAGGGAAGAAUUGGCCCCGACCCGAUCUUCCCGUACUCAUCGACAUGUUGGGUCGACGCCGAAUCUUCCUCGAUCCCUCGUGUCGUUGUACAAUGCUUGCACCCAUUUGUCGUGAACCGAAAAGAGACAAUUGCGUUCCUGAUGAGCCGAAACUGGUAUGGGCACGGGAACGUACUCUCUGUCACCCUCUCUGUCACCGCCCUAGUUGAGAUGAGUGGGACGGAACUGUGGUGA